AUGGCGGACACCGCAAGACCGUCGAGCUUCUUGCCGACAAUAAAAUGCUCCAUGUGUGCUCAAGAUAUCGAAAUCUCGCAACUCGGAGAGCAUGUUUGUAAUGGCGCCGCUACUCCCCCACCAGAUAAAUCUUUCUCCGGCAGGGCACACAAUCGAAAUCCUACAAAUGGCUCUGGGUUCUUGAAUCCUGCUAGAGCGAUACCACCAAAAGUCGAUACUUCGGCUGCUAACCGUCCGUAUUUUUCCCAGAGCCCUUUGACUCCCAGGAGCGAUUCACCCUCAAGAACGAUGUCUCCAAUUGAUCGCUCACGUUCACCAUUUGGGAGGCCCCUCCGAAGUGCGACUGCACCUUUAGCCAGAAGGCCACCUUCACCCGAAAUUCUCUCUUCGAACCUGGAUUGUGCCUUCCCUCCCUUUCCAACAAAAGCAGCUCCGCAAAGCCGACCCAAACAGGAUCCAGAAUACCUUAGGACCGGAAACGGUAGUCCUGAUGUAGACCCGAUGUAUGCGCCUGUUAGCCCGAGAAUGGUUAGUAGUGGUGGAUUACUCCAGAGGAUGAACACAAUAGCGCCAGGGCCGUUUGAUGUAAAUGGUCGAAGACAGGCGCCAGAUUCUGCAGCUGGUCGAGGGCAUCAAAGACAAGCAACUUUAGGUAACCUAAGGGAUCCCACGAUGUCCACAAGUACAGCAGAAGUGGGCGGGUCAAUACCUCGACCCUCUACCGCCGGACCUGGACCUGGACAUUCUCGUUCGUCAACCAUGAGUUCGGUUUCCUCAAAAUCCGGCAUUGCGGCGCCCAAGGUUCCUAGAAAUAAUGGGUAUGGAGGAUUUGGACCACCACCUGAGGACAGUGAGCCGCAACCUUUACGCCCCGAAGACAGGUCGCAAACGUUCCCAGCAAGGAUUCCAAGUCAGCCCCCUGCCAGGAGGCCUACAGACCCGGGCCCAGCGAAAAGAAAGCAGUCGAUCUCAGGGCAAGCAAUCUCAGGACCUGACCUCUCAAGGCCUCUUCCUCCAAGAGGCGCUAGCAUAAUUAGACCUAGGACUGAUGCCAGACUUGGUGAUGCACCGCCUGUACCCUUCAACCUCAAUCUUGCGGCCGAGUUUGGGAUUGGCAACCCAUAUCACACGCCCACAGAUUCGCAGUCUUCAGAUGCAUCUGGGUACAGCGAGGAGAGCAAGGCGAGCUCGCGAUCAAGCCCUCCGCUAUCAGUCGGCUCUGGUCGAUCACCCCGUCAGCCAUCUGAGUCUACCAACUUGGAUGCUUUGAUGUCUGGCCUUCAAUCUUCAAUGCUUGGUAUAGCACCAACCCAGCCACUUACAAGUUCAUCCCCUCCGAAGGUCGAGGAGCAAUUUGCGCGUUCCCUCGCACCGCCGCCGCUUCUCAAGAGCAGUAUGCUUGGUCCAGAAUCUCCUAUGGAUCCUGCAAUCCAAAAUGGCGGGCGCAUCUCUCCUCUUCAACCAAUCAAAUCUCCUCGUGCGCAAACUCCAAAUGGAAACAACACUCGGGAGAAGCCUGUUCGCCGGACCACGGCCACGAAAGGAAAUUGCAAAGGCUGCGGCCAAGCAAUCACCGGCAAAUCUGUAUCUUCAGCUGAUGGACGCUUGACCGGACGGUAUCACAAGCACUGCUUCGUAUGCGCGACAUGUUCCGAGCCAUUCCAAGCCUCGACUUUCUAUGUGAUCAACGACCGGCCAUAUUGUGAGCGACACUAUCACAAAUUGAACGGAAGCAUUUGCACGGCGUGUGACAAAGGAAUCGAAGGCCAGUUUCUUGAAAGCGAGAGGAAGCAGAAAUUCCACCCCGGUUGUUUGACAUGCGCAGAUUGCAAGAGAAGCUUAAAGCAUGACUAUUUUGAGAUGAACGGACGAGUAUACUGCGAACGAGACGCGUUUAGGAGAGCGCAACAAGGCAGACUUCUCGGCCCUGGAUUAGGAGCUGGGACGAACAAGAUGGAGCGUCGAACGACGAGACUGAUGAUGUGA